GGCACCUGUCGCCGAGCCGAGACGGGGUUGCUGGGGAGAGGACUCGACCUGCAAGCGGGGGUUGCCGCGGACAGGAGACGCGGGGUCUGGACAGGGAUAAAGACGGCGCACCGCGGACCACUGGUGGCGGAGUUAGAUGAGAAAGCAAGGCCUUAAGCCGGGACUCGGGGCGUGGGGAAGCCGAAGCCGGAUACAGAAAACUACAACUCCCAGGAGGCCGCGGGCAAGGCCGAACUACCCGGGCCGCGAAGCAUGAUGGGACAGGUAGUUUUGCGCACGGCUCAAUCUGGACGCCUGAGGCUGAAGCGUUAAGGUCUGCGGCGCCCGGAUCCGGAGACAUGGAGCUGGAGCAGAGAGAGGGAACCAUGGCCGCCGUGGGCUUUGAGGAGUUCUCGGCGCCACCAGGCUCGGAGCUGGCACUGCCUCCACUGUUUGGCGGCCACAUCCUGGAGAGCGAGCUGGAGACAGAAGUGGAGUUUGUGUCUGGUGGCCUGGGCGGCUCCGGGCUCAGGGAACGGGAUGAAGAAGAAGAGGCCGCCCGGGGUCGGCGGCGGCGCCAGCGGGAACUGAAUCGCAGGAAGUACCAGGCGCUAGGGCGCCGCUGCCGGGAGAUCGAGCAGGUGAAUGAGCGGGUCUUGAACAGGCUCCACCAGGUGCAGAGGAUAACUCGCAGACUCCAGCAGGAGCGCAGGUUUCUCAUGAGGGUGUUGGACUCCUACGGGGAUGACUACCGGGCCAGCCAGUUCACCAUCGUGUUGGAGGAUGAGGGCAGCCAGGGUACAGAUGCCCCCACUCCAGGCAAUGCUGAGAACGAGCCUCCAGAGAAAGAGGGACUGUCCCCUCCCACAAGGACUCCUGUACCCCCAGAACCCAGCAGUCCAACCCCUGGUGAGGGGCCCAGUGGGCGGAAGAGGCGGCGGGCACCCAGGGAUGGAUGCCGGGUGGGAGCCACGCUGACUCCAGAACUGGCCCCAGCACAGAUCAAGGCUGAGGAAGACUUUGGCUUUGAAGCAGACGAGACCCUGGAUUCGAGUUGGGUUUCUCGGGGACCAGACAAACUGCUCCCCUACCCUACUCUUGCCAGCCCACCCUUUGACUAAACCCACCCCAAUAAACUGCCCCCCCAUUCACCCUGGUCCCCGACUACUGCU